UAGAGUUACAAAGCUUGAGAAACGCACUGCAGAAGCAUGUGUGCUUUGACUGUGACAGACUUCCUGUGAUGCUGGAUAUUAUGUAGCUGUUGCAGCUCAUGUUUCCCAUCAUCUCAGCAGCUGUUUGCCAAAACAGGGAGAACGUUUACCUGAAGUCCAUUUGGCAAGUUUAAAGUUUCCUACAAUACAAACUUGUUCUAACAAACACCAGCUGCUCCAUAUUAAUGUGUCUGUGAUGCUGUAGAAAUUGAAACUUGGAAGAAGACAAUACCUACAUGCUGAAUGAUAUACAGACAGAAUCCAGAGACCACUUAUACUUCACUAAGAAGAAGUUCUAUUUAUAUCUCAAGUCCUAAACAAUUACAAGCAGAUUGAUGAUGCUGGUGAGCUAAUGUUAACAUCACACUUACAGAUGAUGUUAACAUUUACACAAGCAAAGCAAAGAGAAUGCCAUGGUAAAAUGAUAUCCCCCCUGAGUGUGUUUUCAGAGACAUGCCUUAAUAGUGCCUAAGAGCUGCUAUUAUGAUAGGUCUUAGAGCAAAUGUAAAAAAUGUAUGUAAUCAUGAAUGUGAGGUGUGUGGCAGUUUGUGUUCUCACACACGUGUUUUGCUUGCAGGCUCUCACUUAGAUCACUUUGUUCGUAAGAGCAACAGAGAAGAAUAUUCACUGGGUCAGAGAUGUCACUCAUGUCUGGAACAUCUUCACGACCAACAGAGAUGAAAUGGAGAGAAAAAGAGAAAAAAAAUGUUGGCGAGGGGAAAAUGCACAGGCCCUGAGAAUGCCAACAGUAAGAGUGUAAGCUGGCUGCUCGGCCGGGAUGGAGAUGUGGCGGUCAUCGUGAUCGGGGAGAUGGAUGAGCUGAGCUCCAAAUUCAUCUGCUCAGGAUUUGGAGAAAAGAAGGCGCCGAGUCUUCAGAGCAGCACUUACCUUCAAACUAUCUUGAAGAGCAGAAAAACCACAGAACUGGUCAGGACCGAGAGAGAGAACCUCCCUCCUAAAACACAACCUGGAAUCUCACUGAAUUUAACGGGGAAAUGUGAGGAGACAAGCACUUUACUCCCUCUGCCGGUGUCAGUGAGUGAGCAUUCAUCAUCUCCGGCGGCAGAAAAGCCCGAGUUGAAGUCAGCCGAUGCGACUGAGGAGAAGUCAGUUCCCCAGCCCUCAAUCUGCUCCAGGCCUCCCAUGAGAGUUAGCCCUGUCAACGUGAGACCAGCUUCUGCAAAUGCGGCACCAGGCUCUGUCAACACGAGACCCGGCCUCGCAAAUCUGAGGCUGGCCAGCGCCGCGCCAUACUCUUCCCCCAGCAGCACCGUCAAAAUAGACUCUGGAAAGACAGCCACCAAGAGUGGCCUGUGCUCACAGGAACCUCAGAAGCCCCAGGAAUCACAGGCUGGGAAUGAUAUUGGUGCAUCAGAAGUGUCUCGGAGGGCUGCCUCGGAGGAGGCCGGGUCAUCAGGGAGCGCACCAACCUGCGCAGGGCGUGGCCGGGUGGCUCAGCUGAUGAAAACCUUCAGCGCUGACAACCCCACAACCCCCACACAGACCCCCGCUCGCGGCAUAAAGCCCCCUCUCCCCACCAAGCCUAGCCACUUGCGUCUAACAACCACACCUUCUGUCAGGUAAUCCAUACAAACCAAUGCGCAGACGCCCACACCCAGUUUCAAGCAUCCACGUUGUUCAAAGAAAACCAAACGGGACAAUGUCAGGCAUCCAUUGUGAAGCAUCAGCCAGUAGGCUAAUGGGACGGGGAACUCUAAACAUGGCUCUCAGAAAUGGUAAUGCUCACAGUGUUGCUAUCACUCCCAAACUUUAGCAGUGGAAAUGCUUGAAUGUAAUGUUUCUUUUGUUUUUGGAUGCUGCAGUACUGUAAACACUCUUUGUGGGAAAGAAAUUCCAAAGCAAUUGAUUGCAAUUGAAUAUUUUUUUGUUAAACAAACAGUACUUUUACCUUUUAUGUAUUUGCCAGGGAAUUGAUGACUAUCACAUGUAUUAACUUUUCUGAUUCUUUCCACUUUGUGUAACGUGGAAAAAUACACCCUCGUUCUAACACAGUUUUUUUUUUGUCAAUUUCACAGAGCCUGUGCACACAAUAUUGUUUACUUACAAAUUCCAUUAUUUUCAUCUAUUAUGAGACAAUUUGCAUUAGCUCCUGUGCAGUGUUUUUCUUUUAAUUUUCAUCUUCUUGAACGAAAGAACGGGCAUGGGCAGGCAGAAUGGGGUGAAAUAAGGUACAGUAGGGCCCUCCUUCAUCUUGCUGUCUCCUCCCUGGGAAUAGUGUAGGUUUGUUUAUUUGUCACAGUGCAAUGUAUGUCUCCCACUGCCACCUGGCAGGAACCUCACUGCGACCUGUUGCGGACCAAUGACAGUGCCAAAUGCCUCAUCUGUCACUCCCAGUGGAUCAAAUCCUGGCAAGUUAGACAGUGGCUGCCAAAUAAUACAGCUCUGUUUUUGCUAUUCUCCAUUUUUUUUUCAGUUUUUUUUUUUUUUAGAUUUAUGCUUCUUUCUUUUUUUUUUUUUUACAUUUUCUAUAGGGAGAAAGAUGGUUUUUUUUGUAAUGGGAUAUUUAACGCUACUACAAUGCUCACUUGUAAAAUGAGAGGCAUCUUUAACCUUGAUGUCAAGUUUGUAUGGUGAAAUCAAAGAAACAAUA